UUCUGCUCGGACUCUUGCCACUGACAGUCCAAGUCGAGUGCGUGGACCAGAGCGGACGCGGUCCAAGGCAGACGCGAGGCGCGGGUCAAGCCAGCGAAUCGAGAGGCGAGCUCGUCGAGCGCAAGCGGAGAAGCCCUGCCAGACAAGUGUCAGGGGUCUCCUUUGCGGCGUGUACUCACUCGCAGUCUCCGUGACGAAGACGAAGCCCCCGCGAACAGCCCAAAGCUCCCCGCCAGCCCGGAGAGCAGUGCUGGAGGCUGGUCCUCGGUCCUUCCCCGGCGCGGCGCUGCUGCUGCUAUGUUGCGAGUUGGCGAGGCUCUGCUGACACAUCGCGCGCGUGCGGCUCGCUCUUCAUCGACUCCAGCAGGAUCGGCCUGGACUGCCGUCGGCUGGCCGUCUCGUUAAGGGCGACCCGGCGCCACCCUACCCGGCCCGCCAGCACGGCCAGCACCCCCAGUCCAGGCUUCACCAUGGCCGUGGACGACAUCGAUACGGUGGACCCCUGGAGUCCAGGCUACGUCACCCCGGCGUCGACGCCGUCGCCCAGCGGCUCGUGGUCGCGGGGUAGUCCCGGCGGCCCCGGCGGCGCGCGCCUCGGCGAUGACGGCAAGGAGGCCGUGCUCAUGUUCCCGAUGGGCGCCGUGGCGCGUGCGGGCGCCGACGUGGCCGUCAGCGUGCGCCAGGGCCACCACACCUACGUCAACUACAGCCUCAACGACAUUCUCACCGGCAAGCCGUCGUCGCACCAAGUGCUCAGCGACUUCAACAUGACGGUGCGCCAGGGCAGCAUAUACGCGCUGCUGGGCGCGAGCGGCUGCGGCAAGACCACCGUGCUGCGCGCCAUGGUGGGCCAGCACAAGCUCACCUCCGGCUCGGUGAGCGUGUUCGGCAAGGAGCCGCGCACGCCGGGCAUCGGCAUCCCCGGGCCCUCCCUCGGCUACAUGCCCCAGGAACUCGCUGUGCCCGACGGCUUCACCAUCCGAGAGACGCUCAACUACUUCGGCUGGCUGGCCGGGAUGUCCAACGCCAGCAUCGAGAAGCAGAGGGCCAUUCUGCUCAAGCUGCUCGACCUGCCCAGCGAGCACCGGCUGGUGUGCAACCUGAGUGGCGGUCAGCAGAGGCGCGUCUCCCUGGCCGUGGCGCUGCUCCACCAACCACCUCUGCUCAUCCUGGACGAGCCUACCGUCGGCGUGGACUCCAUCGUCCGACAGAGCAUUUGGGACCACCUCCUGCACCUGACGGCGUGCGGUCGGACCACCGUCAUCAUCACCACGCACUACAUCGAGGAGGCGCGGCAGGCGCACGUGGUGGGGCUGAUGCGGCGCGGGGCGCUGCUGGCCGAGGACACGCCCGACCACCUCCUGGCCGCCCUGUCCUGCUCCACCCUGGAGGACGUGCUGCUCAAGCUGUGCCUCGCCCAGGACUCCAACGACCCCGACGGCGACCAUUUCCAGAGGGCACUCAAGGCCAGCGGCACGCGCAUGGCGCACGAGGUGGACGCCCCCAGGGACGGCUCCGAGGACGACCCCAAGGCCGCGAAGGACGGCGCGGCGCAGGACGCGGAGGAGGGCAUCAGGGCCGCCAAGGUGGAGAUGCGGACGUCCCGGAGCGGCAGCAGGAUGAAGGCCUUGCUGUGGAAGAACGUGAUGUGGUUGUGGCGGCACAAAAUCAUCGCGCUCGCAUUCACCUUCCUGCCGGCCUUCAUCGCCCUGGUGUACAACGGCGGCGUGGGCGGCACUCCGCGCGACCUGCACCUGGCCGUCGUGAACCACGAGGUGGACUGCGGGGCCUGGCCGGGGCUGAGCCGCUUGAACUGCAGCGCGCCCAGGGGGCUGAGCUGCAUCUUCGUGGACGAGAUGAAGGCGUCGUCCUUGCGGCCGGUCGUGUUCCCCGAGGAGGACGCAGCCGCCAGCGCCGUGGUCAAGGGCCGCAUGUGGGGCGUGGUGCACUUCGCCAGCAACUUCUCGGACUCGUUGGUGGAGCGCGCGGCCAUGACCAUCAACUUGGAGAACACUCCGGACAUGGCGGAGCUCGCGCGCGUCAACAGCAUCCUGGAGGCCUCUGCGCUCAACGUCAAGCUGGACAUGUCACUUCAAACGAUUGGGCACCUGCUGCAGCAGAGGCUGAGCUCCGUCACCGCGAAGGCCCUCGAGGCGUUCAACAACCAGUGCAACCUCAACGCCCACAUGAUCCGGCCGCCCCUGCAGUUCCACAACGAGCUGCGCGUCACGGACGAAGACCCCACGUUCCUGGACACCUCGCUGUCCGGGCUCAUUCUCAGCAUCGUGUUCAUGUUCGGCUUCACGACCACCAUGUCCGCCCUGCUGCCGGAGAAGACGGACAAGCUGCUGGAGCGGUCGCUGGUUUACGGCGUCCACAUGGGCGAGGUGCUGCUGGCGCAGUUCGCGGCACAGCUCCUCAUGAUAGCCGCACAGAUCACCCUCGUGCUGGUCGUGUGCUUCGCCCUGUUCGCCAACCCCCUGAUGGGGCCCGCCCUGACCUACGCGCUGCUGUGCCUGGCGCAGGGCGUUUGCGGCAUGUGGUACGGUCUGCUGACGGCCGUCAUUUUCGACUCCACCACAGCCGCCUCUUUAAUGGGUGUGGGCACAUACUUCACAUUGAUGUUUUUGAGCAGUAUGCUGUGGCCUCUGGAGGGGAUGUACCUACUGCUGAAACCCAUUGCAACUAUUUUGCCCAUGACCACCGCAACGUUGUCCUUGCGGAACAUAGCUUUAAGAGCGUGGGGUCUGUAUCACCCCGGUGUUUAUAUAGGCUUCCUCGCCACCAUUUCCUGGACAUUAGUAUUUAUACUUUUAACAUUUAUUACAAUAAAAGUAAGAUUUUAA